UGGCUGUCAUAUUUUGAAUUGUUGGAUAUGCUAAAUAAAGUUACAAAGGCCACGGUUAUUAAGGUGUUCUAUCUCAUACCUAGGUAAGAAUUGAAAAAUAGAUUACGAAUGAUAUACAAUGAUACAACUGUAAAUGAGCUUUCUAUAAUUUUAGAGAGAUCAGGGAGUGUGGAUAUAUAUGUAGAACAUAGUGUGGAGGAUCAUACAGAAGAUGAAAAUGAAGAGGAAGAUAGUGUAAAUGAUUUGGAGCCUGUAGAGGGUCAUACAGAUGAUGACAAUAAAGAGCUUAUUUUCAUCAGGAAGAAGCUCAAAGCACAUAUGGAAAGGUUGAGGAAAUUGAAAGAAGGUGCAUCUAAGGAUAAUUCAUCUAUUGACAGUGAUUACCAUGUUGAGGAUGAUCAGAGUGAUGAUGGUAAUUAUGAUGUUGUCACGAAAACUGAUGUUGGGUGUGAGGGAGUCCAAGAAGAAAGUGGACAAGCUUGUCAAGAAGAAAAUAUUGAUGAAGCAAGAGAUGAGUGUGUAACUGGUGAGAGAUCAUAUAUAUAUAGCUAUAGUAGGAGAGGUUCAAAUGCUCAAACACUUGAACAGUUGAUGCAAGAGAUGGAUAAUUUCUCAGACCCAGGGAUAAGAGAUAUUAGAGACAAGCUUGUUGAAGAGCAUCAAGAUGUCCAUAGUGAUUACAUUGCAUCUUUAGAUCCUAGAGGUUAUGAUGACACGGAUUCUGAUGGGAACCAUGUACAAAGGAGGAGGUCUACAUAGUAUUCAUUUGAUACUAGAGGAACUGAUUUUUUUCUUGGGCAAACAUUCAGAAAUGUGCAUGAUUUCAGAGAGGUACUUCACAAUUAUUCCAUUACUAGGAGGUAUGCUCUAAGGUACAAGAAGAAUGAACCACGGAGAGUGAGGGCUGUUUGUAAAAAUGAGAAGUGCAAAUGGUUGAUACAUGCAUCAUAUGAGAGAAACAACAAUAUAUUCACGGUGAAGACAUACCAUAACAAGCAUACAUGUGAGACUACUAAUAAGAAUAGAUGGAUGACAUCAAAAGUCAUAGCAGAUAGGUACAAAAUGCUCAUAUUAGAGAUGCCCACAAUUAAGUCAAGGCUACUUUCAAAACUUACCAAGGUGUAAUUGAAUGCAAAACUCAAUUUGACCCAAUAUAGUAGGGCAAAAUUAAUAAUACAAAAGGAACUUCAUAAAGGGUACGUGGAAGAGUUGGGUUGUUAAGAUUUUAUGCUGAGAAAUUUUUUAGAAGGAAUCAGAGAAGCACUCACUACUAUAAAAAAGGAUCUAUGACAGUGUUUACUACUGCAGUACUGCUGUAUUAGACACUCUAAGAGUGAUUGAAGCUGACAAACCAAAAUUCAAAAGAAUAUACAUAUGCCUUAAGGGAUUGUAGACUACUUAUUGAUAUUGAUGGAGCUUUUUUGAAAGGGAUGUGUAAGGGUGAGUUGUUAACUGUAGUUGGUAGGGAUGGAAACAACCAAAUGUUCCCUAUUGCUUGGGCUGUUGUAGGAGUUGAAAACACUGACAAUUGGUUAUGGUUCUUUCAAUUGUUAAGAGAUGACUUGGGGCUUAAUGAUGGUGCAAACUAGACUAUUAUAAGUGACAUGCAAAAAGUAUAAUUGAUUAAUUUCACUAUGAGAUCUUAAUGUCUACUAUGCUUUUUUGUAUGACUAAUUUAUGUUGCAGUGUUUUAUUAUAGGGCCUCAUUAGUGCAGCAGGAGAAGUGCUUCCAUGAGUCCAACAUAGAAUGUGUGCAAGACACAUUUAUGUAGGAUGGGGAAAGGACUUUAGGGUAGUUGAUUUGAAGAUGCAAUUUUGGGCAUGUGCAAAAUCUCCUAAUGGUCCAGAAUACGAGAAGAACAUUAAACUUCUAAAGAUGAUGAGUGAAGAAGGACAAUAAAAACUGCUGCAGCUGUAUGACCCAGUUCACUAGUGUCAAGCUUUCUUUAAAAUUGACCCUAAAUGUGAGGUGAUAGAUAAGAAUAUACGUGAGACAUCCAAUUCUAUAUUAGUGGAGCCUAGGGUUAAACCUAUCAUGACAAUGCUUGAGGCUAUAAAGAACUAUGUCAUGAUGAGAAUGUAUCAUAAAAGGGAUGAGGGACUGAAAUAGUCACAUAAUUAUACUCCAAGAGUAUUAAAGAAGUUUAAGCAGAUCAAGCAAAGAUGCACUGCAUGGGAUAUGGACUGGAAUGAUCACUAUCUUUACGAGGUUAAGGAUGGAUCUGUGGCUCAUGUUGGCAACGUAUCAGAGAAAUCAUGUACAUGUAGGAGAUGGGACCUUAAUGGUGUUCCAUGUGACCAUGCAGUGGCUACCAUACUCUGUGCAGGUGAUGAUCCUCAACACUUUUUGUCUCAUUGGUAUUCAAAACAAACUUACAUCAAAACUUAUGAUAAUGUUGUUAACCCAAUUCCUGGAAGAGAGCAUUGGGAAAGGGGUGCUUUUGAACCCAUUGAGCUACCACUGAAGCAAACAAUGCCUAAAAGACCUAAAAAGAGUAGGAAGAGAGAAGUCUUCAAGGGUCAUAAAAAGACAAAUCUAUCCAAAAAAGGAAGGAGGAUGAUUUGCUCUGUGUGCAACUUGCAGAGACAUAACAAGAAGAGAUGUGCUAAAAAUCCAAUGCAAUAGAGCCAAGUAGUAAUUAUUUAAUUGACAUUAUGUGUAUGUAAUUCAUGUAUGUCAGUAUUCUUACUUUUUGAGUGUUUUUCAUGAUAGAUUAAUAGUAGACAAGGCCCAUCUGUAUCUGUAUGCAUAGGGAUGGGACUUUACCAAAAUGAGUCAACCGAUUUGAGAAUACUAAAUGUAAGUGUAACUGUAUAUAUUUUGGAUGAAUAAACAGGUGACAAAGCACUGGCACUCUUAUUUAUUAA